AUGUACGAUCCCAUAAUGGGUGGAGGUUACUUAGGGUGCACACAGACCACAUGCAACCAGCUGCAGGAUGCCACGCCAGCAUCAUUUAAGCCGCUGCCUCCCUCUAUCUUGGUACUCACUAGUGGGCCAAUCCUCGAGGUAAUGCAAUACGAGGCCGACCCGUGGACGGGGUUGAGCAAGCUCACAGCACCCACCCUGGUUGGAAAAAUACAGCCUCUUUCACUUCCAGUUGCGUCUUCUUUUGCCUAUCUCUCUUGUUUCUAUCCUGAAAUUUAUGGUAGCAUAUAA